CUCAGGCUCUCAGCUCACCUCAUCUGCUCCGAUCGAUGGACCAGCCAUGGCUGCCGCCGUGGUGCGCGCCUUCAACGCUGUGGUACUCCUGCCUCGCCGGCGCCGCCGCCGUCGCGCUGCUCGUCUACUCCUACGCGCCGUCGUGGGGCGUCAGGCGGGUGCCGGGGCCGGCCGCCUUCCCCGUCGUCGGCCACCUCCCGCUGCUCGCCGCCCAUGGCCCCGACGUGUUCGGCGUCCUCGCCAAGAAGUACGGCCCCAUCUUCAGGUUCCAUCUGGGGAGGCAGCCGCUGGUGAUGGUGGCGGAGGCGGAGCUGUGCAAGGAGGUCGGGAUCCGGCAGUUCAAGAGCAUCGCCAACCGGAGCUUGCCGUCGCCGAUCGCCGGCUCCACUCUCCACCAGAAGGGCCUCUUCUUCACAAGGGAUGCGAGGUGGUCAGCGAUGAGGAACACGAUCAUCUCGCUGUACCAGCCGUCGCACCUCGCCGGCCUCAUCCCCACCAUGCAGAGCUGCGUCGUGCGCGCGGCGGACGCCAUAGCGGCCGCGGCGGCGGAGCAGCGCGACGUCGACUUCUCCGACCUGUCCCUCAAGCUGGCCACCGACGUCAUCGGCCAGGCGGCGUUCGGCGUCGACUUCGGCCUGACGGCGGCGAAGGCGGCAGCAGCGCACGCCGACGCCGGCGGCGGCGAGGCCGCUGAGUUCAUCAGGGAGCACGUCCACUCCACCACCUCCCUAAAGAUGGACCUCACCGGCUCGCUCUCCAUCGUGCUCGGCCUCGUCGCGCCGGCGUUGCAGGAGCCGGCGCGGCGGCUGCUCGGCCGCGUCCCGGGGACGGCGGACUGGCGGAUCGCGCGCACCAACGAGCGGCUGCGGGCGCGGGUGGAGGCGAUCGUGGCGGGGCGGGAGCGCGCCGGGGGCGAGGCGAGGAGGGAGCGGCGGGAUUUCCUCUCCGCCGUGCUCAACGCCCGCGACGGCAGCGACAAGAUGCGGGCGCUGCUCACGCCGGACUACGUCGGCGCGCUCACCUACGAGCACCUCCUCGCCGGCUCCGCCACCACGGCCUUCACGCUCUCCUCCGCCGUGUACCUCGUCGCCGGCCACCCGGAGGUGGAGUCGAAGCUGCUCGACGAGGUCGACCGGUUCGGCCCGCUCGACGCCGUCCCGACGGCCGACGACCUGGAGCACAAGUUCCCCUACCUCGACCAGGUGAUAAAGGAGGCGAUGCGAUUCUACACGGUGUCGCCGCUCAUCGCGAGGGAGACCUCGGAGCAAGUAGUCGUCGGAGGCUACACACUCCCAAAGGGGACGUGGGUGUGGAUGGCGCCGGGGGUCCUGGCGCGCGACGAGGCGCAGUUCCCGGACCCCGGCGAGUUCCGGCCGGAGAGGUUCGACGCCGGGGGCGACGAGGAGCGGCGGCGGCACCCCUACGCGCACCUACCGUUCGGGCUGGGGCCCCGGGCGUGCCCUGGGCGGCGGUUCGCGCUGCAGGAGGUGAAGCUGGCCAUGGUGCACCUCUACCGCCGCUUCGUGUUCCGGCGGUCGCCGCGGAUGGAGUCGCCGCCGGAGCUCCAGUUCGGGAUGGUGCUCAGCUUCCGGCGCGGCGUCAAGCUCGUCGCCGUCCACAGGCCCCAUCGCAUCGCAGCCUAAGCGAACAAAAAAAAAAAUCACUUUUCAAUGUAAGAAUCAACCGGUUUAGAGAUCGGUCAUAUAUACGAGGAGAAAGAUAGUUUUUGAAGUGUCUGAAAUAGUAUCAGUAUAAUCAGACGUUUCAGAACGACAGAAUGCAAGGAACUGAGAACAAUAUCAUCUGUAUUUUUUAUGUUACCUGAU